AUGGAAGCAAAGAACGAGAACAAGGACAUCGCUGGACCUUCAAAUAGCAAUGCCAGUGACGCGAUCACUAAAGACCACGGCCCUCUGACGGAGUUCACCUGCUUCUCCGAGCUGCCUGUCGAACUGAGUCGAGAAAUCUUCAAGCAUGCAUGCUUCGUACCGCGAGUGAUCGACGUGUUCCCAAUGUUUUGUCCAGACAUGGGGAUGGACUGGGACGACCUCGACGGUAUGGAUGAAUCCACGGCUCUCACGAGCGUUACUCAGCGUGUGGCACCAGCUGUUUUACACGUCUCUCGAGAAGCCAGAGAGUUGAGAGUUUUCCCUGAGCAUCUUGAUUAUGAUUUCGAUUAUCGACCUCCUGCCAAAGUCUAUGUCAAUUGGGCUUGCGAUACCAUAUGUCCUACUGCGUGCUUCGACAAUUACAACUUCGAGGGAAAUGGUACCGCCAUCGGAUCGGCACUAACGCAACUCAAGUCUCUGCCCAAGCUGCGUCACCUUGCAGUCACUGUCAGUGGGCUCAAAGCUUUGAAGAAGUCCCUUCCCAAAUUGGCCAUUGAGGUCAUCACUGUUUAUCUGGCUCCCGGCCUCGACAACUGGUCGUCAGACAUGGCCGAAGAUGAGAUGGAGGGAGGAUGCGCUUGUUGCCAACACCUCAACAGUAACACCAAAUUUGGCAUCAAUCUCACUAUCCCAGGAGAGUACCUCGAAGCACAAGCCGAAAGAUUUUCUAAAGGUGAAGAUGCCGAAGUGAAUGAGGAUGAAGUUGAGUAUGAUAAAUUCUUACCACGUGUAUCAGCAAGUAGCGUCCGGGCUGCAAGUAAGAAUAUCGUUAAUCUGUUUCAGGCAUUGGUGAAGAAAGAGAAGGCAAUGAAAGAGGCGGGACGAGUAUGGAAGGCUCCUCGAUUCCAGGUGAUGGUCAUGGAAGUCCACGAGAAGGAAAAUUACGAUGCUCAUGAGCAAGAACGAUACCGGGCGAUGAAGGCAGCAGCUGCGAAGGUUAAGGCAGCAAGUUCGGGGAUUCAGGGAGACGAUAUGGCAGAUGGAGGGGUGAUAUGA